UGUUUACUUACAUUUUGCUUUUAGUCUGUGAUACGACUUACAAGACGCGCUCGCGGGAACGUUUUGCUCUUGUUUGAUUAUUAUUUUGAUUGCUCAAAUUAAAGAUCCGUAAAAUAUUAUUCUUACUGAAUACAGACAUAAAAAUAUCAAGUCGCUUUUUAAAUAAAUAUAUGUGUAAAGUGAAUCGUAUUCGUAGUAGUGAAAAAUCAAUGAAGUUUACGAAAGAGCAUAUUUUUAUUGAUUUCAAAAUAAAUUUACGACAAAAGUUAAACAUAUAGCAUAUCGAAUCAAUUGCGGCUACAAAUUGAAUUAAUUGAGCAGAUUAGACCAUAAAAUUGAAGCGGGCAGUUGAGUCAUGCAGCAUUCGAUAUAAUUUAGAUCAUUGUUUGAAGAAAAGACCCGGAGACUGCCCGCCAGCCCGCAAACAUCAUGUGGGACGUAAUUGUUUACGUUUGUGUUAUAACAAUGGCAACGUAUAUUUUAAAACAACUGUUUUCAGAAACGCCCAACAAUGUGAAAUUUCAGUCAAAGUUUCUAGUCUUUUAUAUUUGGACAUCAGUCGUUGCUUUAGUGAUGUUACCAUUCUUUGUAUUCAAUCAAAAAAACGUGAAGAACUCUCUGUACGGAGCACAAAUAAUCAAACAUAUUACUAAACUAAUAGAAAUUAAGUGGCAUUUAAGAAAUGGGCAAAUUCUGGCAGAAGACAGGGGAGCUGUUAUUGUAUCAAACCAUCAAUCUACAAUCGACAUUUUAGGCCUCUUCAAUAUAUGGCACGUAGCGGUCAAAGUAGCAGCGGUCGCGCGAAAGGAGCUCUUCUACGUGUGGCCGUUCGGUCUGUCCGCGUACCUCGCGGGGGUCGUUUUUAUAGACAGGAACAACUCUAAAGACGCAUACAAAACCUUAGAGGCGACUUCCGAGGUCAUGAUCAAGAACAAGACAAAACUAUGGCUAUUUCCCGAAGGGACGAGAAACAGGGAUUUCACAAAACUGCUUCCUUUUCGGAAAGGUGCGUUCAACAUAGCCGUCGCCGCUCAGGUGCCGAUCCUACCGGUCGUCAUAUCGCCCUACUAUUUCAUCAAUAGAAAGAAAUAUAUCUUCAACAAAGGGCACGCGAUAAUCCAGUGUUUAGAACCGAUUCCUACCGCCGGUCUCACGAUGGAUGACGUCCCAACACUCAAAGACAAAGUCCAGAAUAUAAUGGAGCUCGCUUACAAGGAACUGUCCAAAGAAGUACUGAACGCUUUACCACAGGACUAUCCUCUCGCUACGCAGGACUGAAUAUGGUAGACAUAUAUCUCAGACUAAUUACAUAUGGACCUGCCUCGAUAGACAUUACUUUUCUGUCAAAGUAUAUGAUCUACGAUCUAAUGCGAUUAUAAAAACUGUCUCUGUAGAAUCGAUGUUCCAUAGUUGUCGGCUUAAGAGCUCCGUAAAAAUAUCUUUUUGUGUAGUUAAAUUGUGUAAAAAACGGUCAACAACUUCAAGUUUAGUAAAAGAUAUAUAUCUUAUCUAAGCUUGUUUUCCUCGAAAAAUUACAGACAAUUUUGUUCGUGAAUUUGGGUGCGAUACUAGUCCUUAUGUAAUUAGUCUGAGACAUAUAAUCUUUGUACUGUUUCCAUUUUGAAAACCUUAAGUUACUAGUGGACUUAAGUAUUCGUUUUUUAACGUCGUAUUAUUUCGUACGCCAUUUUUUACCAAAUAUAAGUUCUACAUAGAAUGUAUUAGCUUUAAAACUCUCGCUAAGUGGAUAUGUCAAACAAGUUGCCAUACAGAAAUAGUCUUAGAAUGGUCUGUAGAAAUGCCUAGAAGAGUCCUGAUGAUAACACAUAAUAUAUAAUGGGCAGCUACUACUACUCUAAUUAAAUAUGUUAUAUAUACCUAAGAUAAUAAAUUCAGAGUGUCUUUAAAUUGAAUAAAUUUAAUAAAAUCAAAAAUUCACCAUGGGCAAAUAUUAAUUUACAAAACUGGUGAACGAAUUUUCUUUCGGCUUUCACAGGUAGAAACUAAGUCUAAAGAUCAAAAGCAGACGUAAAACAAACAUCCAAAAAAAUAUAAAACUGAUGAUUUGCUUUUUAAAUUGAGGAACAUUUAGUUCCUCAAAAGUCUUUUUCGUUGAGACAGGAAAAGUUUGGCCAACAUUCUAUGUUUACCAAAUAGGUUCAAUUCUGUUCGACAUAAUAUUUAGAAAUUGUAUUAAUCUUUUAACUAAAAAAAACAACGCAGUUCUACCGAACGACAAACAUUCCUUUUUUAUUGAUUUAUAGAGUUCUCUAUCAAAACUGUAACAUUUAAUAUUAUUUAACAAAUACAAUUGUAUUUGUUUCCAGUUUGUUGGUGCGAUAUGUAAAUAGGAAAUGCCAAAAAGUAAAUGUGCGUCGUUUACUCUAGUUGCUAAGAUAGAUUGAUGACUUAACAACACAAAGAAUCAAUAAUAGCUUCACGGUUAGAGAACCUGAAUCCAGGUCCGUAUCCAUUAAAGUGGAUUCUUUUCUGGCAGUUUUUUGUUUGGAAUCCCCUGAAUCCCAAACAAAAAACUGCCAAUUAUGGGGGGUAAUAUUUGGUCAUGUUGAAAAACAUCUAAAAUUAUUUUGUAAAAAAAAAAGAGUAUUAUACAAAAUAUUUUUUGUUCGGUUUUACGACUUUAGGAUAGUGUCCACAUUUUACACAAGGUAUUGCGCAAGAUUUGCAAUUUUAGAUAAAAAUGGAAAAACGUUGAAGAUAUGAUCUAUGAACUUAAAUAUUCAAUACAACUGAACAAGCUGUUAGCUCACCAAUCAUUGCUUGAUGUGGACAAAUGGAGAAAAAAUCUAGUCAGAAUUGGCAACUACAAUUAUUUUAGGUACUAAAUAUUUAAGACGAAAAUGGAUUUUCAAUUUAUUGUUUCGUAUCCUUGUGACGUGACCAAAUUUUUUUGAAAAAGAAUAUUUGUCAUAUCUUUUAAAUAUGACCAUUCCUAUUCCCCUCCAGCUAGUCGGGAAAUACUGUAUUAGGAGUGGGUAUGACAAUAGAUCAACGGGGCGGGGACUCCCAACCUUGGAAAUGUAAACUCAAAAAACUAAAGCUACGUUUGAUUAAAUUUUUCGAUGGACUUGUAAUAUUAUAAACUAAAAAAAUCUUCGUAUAUUUUAUUUGAAACUUCUAAGAGUUGUUGAAAUCUGAAUCAAGAAAGUCUUAAACAAAAUAAUUAUGCAAAAUACAUCACGACUCAGGUCACGACACGAAUUCAAAAUAGUUGAGGGCAGAAUUUAAAUGAUUGUUAGGUCAUCGGUUUAUUUUGAACUGAGUCAGUAUUUAGAAAGUAAAUUAGGCUGUGGAAUAAAUUAUAACGAAAUCGUCCACGUGGACUGAUUUCUGAUAUUCAAAUGUAUUAAAUUGUGAUUUUUUCUUUAAUUAGGUAAUCCGUUAAAUUAAUUGAUUGGCGCCAAUGAAUAUUAUUUUUAAUUUAGUGUCUUAUUUUAACACUUGAUUUUUUGUAAAAUUUGUUUUGUUAUGACAUUGAGUUUAAAAAUAAAAUAUUUUAGAGAGUAAAAUGUUUGCAUAUAUAUACUUGUGAACUAUCUUAUCUAUAAAGUACUUGGUUAUGCUGCUAUAAAUAUGGCCGACUGAAGUGAAGGGAGAUUAUUAUUAAGUCUUUCAAUGCAUUCGUUUUGGCCCAAUCGCCAAAAGUAAAAACUAAAUGGCGCAAACAGUGAUAUUAUUAAUUUGGGGCACUUGAUUGAAAUACUAUGAGGUAAUAAUUAUACUAGCUAUAGGUACCAUCUAUAGUUGUUUUUCAAGUCUUAGUCUAUAAGCUAUUUAAGUAAUAGGCUAGCUGACACUUUUUUUUUAACUGGUUUUAAACUGUUCAUUAUCGUUUUACUAAAUUUGAAAAAUUAUCUGUGCGUUUUAAAUUAUUACAACUUUUAUUCAUUAUUUCUUUGUACAGUGCCCGCCACGAGAUAUUGCGUUUGUGAAGUUAGCAACAAAUGACUGCGCAAUGAAUCAAUAUCACUAUAAAUGGCGCGGGCGGGGAGCAGCUGACCGCGAGUCUUUACUCAUUCCGCAGCUAACUUCACAAACAUAAAGAUCCGUGGUGAGCACUAUAGUUUACUUAUGGAUGAGGGAUGGGAAUAUAUUCUCUUAAUCCGGCAUUGCCAAGUCUAACUUACGAAUGCAUUGAAAAACCUAUGAUAUACUUAUGUUAAUUUUUGAUUCCUUUAGAACUAAUAAUAAAAGUUAAUAACUUUUAAGUAUCCCAAUGUGCACCGGAUGUCGUAGUGGUUGUAUAAAGUUGCACAUUUAGUAUUAUUUUUCAUGUUCUCAAGUGCCAUCUACUCGUAGUAUAGGGGGCAUCAUACAUGUAAUAAAACUUAUCUUUUAGAGGUGUUAUAUUAGGCUGUAAAGCACAUAUUCUUAAUAUGGAAUAUAUUCUUCAACUCAUACCUAUUACUGGAUAUUAGUCAAAUAUUAGUUGAUAUGAAUAAUGUGCUAAAUACAGUCUCAUGAAUUUUAGUUUCGGAUUAUAAUAAUUAAGCAGUGACAAAUUUUUCCUUCUUACUUUAAGAGUUAUACAGGAAGAAAAUUUUUUUAGUGCGGAUAUUUUUAUAUUUUGUACAUAAACAAAAUUUAAUGAUCACGUAUUUUUUCUUUUUUUUUUUAACUCAAAAAUAACAAAAUUAUCGUUAGCUAAAGUUAUUUACUUUUGAACAGAAUUUUAGGGUCACCCUAUUGUGCGUUUAUUUUAUUUUCGUUUGAUACCUAAAGGACGUCACCAGAUCACUUUUAAGCUGAAUAUAUCUUGUUUAGUAAUAAUAUGUACAUUAUUUUGUUAUUUUAGAGACAUAAAUUAAAAAAAAAAAAUUACAUAAAAUGUAUCGAACUGUUUGUAGAUUUAUAUUCUAUUAAUGAUACAGAACCACGAAAAAAAAUAUCCGCACUAAAGACCGAAUCACCCUGUAUAGGUAUCACACUCUACUUGUAAGAUAUACUCUUGCGCAGUGGCGUGCACUUAAUACAAGUAUUAAAGCACUGCAUACCCUAACAAAUAUUUUGUAAAUGCUUACCCAAUGCAAACUUUCCCGGUUUUGUUAAAUUGUCUAACUAGAGCAUACCCUGAUCAACAACCUUAUGCACGCCACUGCUCUUGCGAGUAAGCGUGAUAUUUUAGUGGCAAUUGCUAUAGACCAGUGUUCUGUAAAAGCAACGGCGAUAUGAAUAUGAGACUAAUAUUUGACAAAUAUUAUAUUCAGUGUUAUUCUUAUAUUAUAAUAUGAAUAUUGAUAGAUUGCAUUAGGCCCAUACCUGUUACAAAUAUAUAUAUUUAAUAAAACCUCUAUUAUUUUUGUAUGAACUAAACCAAAAAUAAUCGGUAUGAUUUAUAAUUCCGCUUUGUAGUUUUAUAUUUAAUUACUAAUCUAUAAAAUGCAAUCUAUAAGUACUUUUUUUAGAAUGAGAAUUCAAUAUUUUAUGUAAAUAAAUAAAUCUCUGUCUGUCAUUGGGGACUAUAUUUUAGAGAGUUUUGAUUCAAAAGCAUAGAGUUUUAUAUUUUUGUAUUAUUCUCUCUUUCUUAAAACAUUUAUGUAAUAUAUAUUUAAUGGUAUCAUGUAUUAAUCAUGAUUGUAAAAACGCACAUAUUCGUAAAUACCUAUUUACUAAAUUUUUUAAUAAAACAAUGUGUAAAAUAAAAUAAUGUUACAUAUUAAUCGUUAAUUAUAAGGUCAAGGUGAAGAAAGCCAGUUUUCUUUUUGUAUUAUUAACUUUUAAAGCAACAAAAUAAAGUCAAAUCUAUUAUCGAAUAAUUCGACAUUAUUAUAUAACUUUAUACAUAUUUCUUAAUCGAUUUAUAAUUUAAAAAUCUCCUUCUCCUGGAUAAAAUACAAUAAAAUAUACCCUAAUGAAUCUGACAGACGUACGUUUCAGUGGCGAAUAAUGGAAUUUAGAUGAAGGUAAACCGUCCCAAAGAAAAGGAAAUUCAUUUAUCAUGAUACAAACUCUGGUUUCUCAUAUAUCGACAUACAGUAUAACAAUGAAAAUGCAUGGAUUUAUAAAGAUAACCCCUAAAUCGGAUUGCAUGAACUCUUCGUCGCUGGUACCUAUUAAUUUUAAAAAUUAUAAAAGUCGAUUAAAAUUGGCUUAGGAGGGUAACGCCGAGACUAGAGUCAUUAACGAUUAAUAUCGUCAUCUAUAUAAAGUCUUACUCAUGUAAUUAAUAUAAGAAAUCUAAAUGUGUUAUGACAUAUAUCAGUGUUUAUAUUAAGGUAUACCUAUUGUAUUUAAUUAAAAUACUUUUAGAUCUAAGGUGCAUGUAUUUUCAGCGGUGAACUCACUAUCGAAUUGUAUCACUGAUGUCAGACCGGCAGGACUAUUCUGUAAUGAUUCUCUGUAUAAUUUGCAAGAGCUAGUUUCUAAUUUAACUCAUCUUUCUCCUUCUAUAUUAUCGUGUUAGGCCAUAGAGGAAUUAGAUAAUGGAGAUGCAUCACACUCAAAUUCACCAACAAAAUUGGCUGUCGUUUUUUGAGGGGGGCGAGGUAAACUCACCCAUCGAAAAUAUUCAACACCAUUAAAUAUACUCUGUGUCCAUACACUACACACAACUAAAAAUUUGAUUCGCAAUACAAACAUGCGUAAUUUUUACACAGACUAACAAACGCAUCGCUUAGACUAUCCACAGAAUAUAUACCUACAUAAAAUAUUCGAUUACUUGAUCGAUGUUUUGCGUUUCCGUUUAGAUAUUGUUUUUAUUACAAAUUUGAUAUAAUUAAGGUACUUACUAAACUACAACUUGUCGGCCGUUUUAACAUAAAUUUACAAAAAUACAUUUUUUGGGAGCUCUUUACACGACGAAAACGAUUACAACAAUGAAACAUCGAUUCUAUAGCAACAGUUUUUAUAAACGCGUUAGAUCAUUGAUUUUUGAUCUUUGCCAGAGGAGUAAUGUCUAGCGAGGCAGGUCCUGUUAUUAAUGGUCGAAGUGUUAGACAGAGAGAGAUAGAAAUGAAUUCGAUACUCGCACUUGCGAGACAAAACAUCGUUUCAGAAUAGUACUGCUGCAGGGUUAUUCUGUAACGAUAUUUUGUAAACUCGCAAAUGCCGAUUUCGAAUUCACGUCUAUCUCUCUAACACGAUACUAUAGAAUGGGAAAAUCACAUUUGCAGAAUAGUACAGCUGUAGUAGAUCAAUCGGAUCGGAUCAGAGAUAUUAUAAGCGAUAAAAAAUUAGGUCAGAUUAGAUAUUGCACUAUAUUUUUUAUCUAUUCGAUAUCAAUAUCCAGUUCACAUUCUAUAAACCACUUCGUACAAUGUUAUACUUAUACUGGUGCAUUCAUUGACAGCCUGUUUUAACGACCCACUGCAUGAUUACGCCUCCCUCCUUUUAGAAAAGGGGAAAUAUUGUUUAGACCCUAUGUUUCAAUCCAAAAUCCAUGGUAAAGUUUGAUUUUGAAAUGAUUAUUACUAUUAUCAGAUGAUGAUAAAAACUGCUUAAUGUCCUCUCCUAAGCGCUGUGUAAUACAACCAAAUUUUACAACUCUUAGCUAAGAAUUGUUACUGAAAAUUUCUUGGAAAGAGGAGCUUAAUAUUUCAUAGCUCGACCCAGGAGUCGAACCUCGGACCUCGUGAUCUGAAGCCACAUAUCUAACCAUUAGAGCAACAAGGCAGUGGAUGCGUUGCGACGUAUAUAUUUAGUAUCAUACACUAGCUGUGACAGAUUUCGGUAAUUCAACGUUCAGCCACCAACAUCUGUCAAAUGAGGAGUUUCUUUUGUUUAUGAAACGCAUUCUGGUCUAUUUAUGAAAGGUUGAAUUCGACACAGCGGGUGAAUGAUCCCCUAGGGGUGGCUCUACAAUGUCUUUAAAUUCCACUGUUAAACCCGUUAAAGUUUAUAUGUACUGUAAUGGUUACAAUUCGACUAGCCGGCGCCCCGCGGUUUCACCUGCGUAGUUCGCGUUCCCGUUAGAAUACGGAGAUAAAAUAUAGGCUAUGACACUCGCAAUUACCGUGACUUUUUAGUUUCAAAAUCGGUUCAGUAGAUUCAGAGAUUACCCCCCACAAUAGCACAAACUUUAACUCUUUAUAAUAUUAGUAUACUCGUAUAUAUAAUAAUUAAAUAUAUAGAUACUUAAUCUAAUUUAGGUCUGAUGUAUCAGGUGUGUCCAAGCAUUUAUUUUCCUUAUGACAGCUCUAUCUAAAUGUUACUGAUUCGAGUUUGACUUAUUCUAUUUUAGGAAGACUGUUUGGCUUUUUUUUUAAGAAAUAGAAUAUUUGCCAUAUCUUUUUAAAUAUGACCAAUAUACCCAUUCCCUUCUAACUAGUCGGGAAAGACUGUGCUAUUCAAUUUCAAUGGCACACUCACACACGCGAGCGUCUCCUGUAUCGGUAUAAUUUAACAAAACGUUUUUUCCAUAGAAUUAUAAGUACCUUGUACCGACUCGUAAAUCUAUGGUUGGUUCUAUAUUUUAGUUUACACACAACAAGCUUUGAGGCCAAGCCGUCUUUCUGAAAUAGGAAAUUAGCAUUAUUAUUACUCUUCCCUUUUAUUUUUUUCGAUUGAACAGUUAAUAAAGACUAAGUAAGUAAAUGUAAAAAAAAUGAAACUAUUUUGAUAGGAUAAACCAAGUUGUCUAUACUAUUUUAUGUAAUCAUUAGGAUAAUUCAUUGUACUCUAUAUUAUAUUGUAAAAAUAAUCUUCUUGCUUUCUUGAAUUUUGUGAUGUUUUUAAAAAUAUAUCUACACUAGUAUUAUGGUGUACCUACUCUUAUUCAAUGUAAAGAGAAAGUGACAAAAUAUUUUUCAUAUAUUUUAAUAGUACUUAUGUGAAUUCUUAAUAAAUGUUUAUAUAUAUAUAUAA